GUGACCAGGGCUGAAGGUCUGAAGGGUGGGGCCCGUCGAGUAUAUAAACCCCGGGUUGCAGAACUGAGACACCACAUUCUUUUCUCCGCUGUGACAGAGGGAAACCGAAUCCACUACCCAUUCAAGAUGAUGAAGCUUGUCGUCCUGGCCAUGGCACUGACCGCCGUGUCAGCUGGCACCGUCUUCACCGGCCUCCCAUUGACGCACGGUGCCCUCACCUACUCCGGACUGCCACUCGCCACUUCCGGUCUGCCACUCGCCACUUCCGGUCUGCCACUCGCCACCUCCCACUUCGGCGCUCCCAUCUCCCAAGUCGUUCCCACCACCUACCUCGCCGGCGCCGCCCCGGCCCUGGUCCAACCUGCUCCCUACCAGAUCCACACCGGAGUCCGCGCCGAAGUCGCCGUCGAGCCCGUCGAACAACACGGCUACGUCAUCAAGUACUAAGAAGAAGAAGACCUAAGGACACGGCCAUUCAUCAGCCAUGAUUUAGAAUAAAUUUAAAAAAAAAAACCAUCGAGAAAAGAAUAUCACCGGUAUACCAGCGUAUGUACACGACCACGCCGCGCCAUCGCGGAUGGACGAUCAUCGUAACACCAUCAGGAACGCUCGUGAGCGUUCGUGAGCGUUCGUUCUCUGGGUUAAUGCUCGGAGUUGAAAGGGAUUUGUAACCUUUCGGUCGGAGUAGAACCCACGAGGGCGAUCUGCUCAGGGGGGCGAUAGCCUUCGUCAUCUUUGUUCUGUAAAUCCACGCCAGGAUUCUAUUUUUUUCCCUCUCUGUACAGUAUUUGUAAAUACAUAUUUAUAAAACACGA